AUGAUAAUAUGACUCUAGUUGGAUAUCUAAGCCUCGUUAUCACUUGCUCUCUUCUUGGACCAGCAACCAGUAGACCCAGAAGACAUUCUAAAAGGAUAUUAUCUCCACACGAAAUAAAAGAAUUUGCCAAGCCCCCAUCAGCAGUACAGCCAGACGAUCAGGAAGAAAUCAAACCUCCCAAAACCAAAAUCAGUGGUGGUAAAAUCAAGUUUCAGACUCGGCCCAAUUACAUAUCAGAUAAGAGGCCCGAUGAUAACCAAACAACAGAGGAAGAAAACGGCCAUUAUCAAAUUCCUUAUAAAAUAGGUGAAACAAAAGAAGGCUCGCAACACAUCGUGCCAGUAACCCACCGACCUGUUCAGCGCGUGGAGAGCACCACUUCCGAGUACUAUACAAAGAGCACCAGAGCUAUCAGCACAACCCCUCCCUGGCAUCAGCAAUUUAUCGACCUUCUCGACCCGCAGAAACCGGAACACAGUCUCAAGAAUAACAACAUCGGAGGUCAUGAUGACAUGGAAAUUUGGGCAGAACUCUCAGACCUCUCAGCUUACACAGGAACAGCAAUAUCAGAGCAAGCCACAUCCACAACUCCGGACUACUCUAAAUGUCAAUGUGCAUUUAUAGAACCUGAUAAACUUUACAGCAUCUUGGUUGAUGCUGAUAACAACGGAUACGAUUCUAUUCCUUACUAUCGUAGACUGGAUCUACUGCAAAUGGGGCUGUACAGCAACGAACAAGCAAAAAGAUGUUUCCACUACUGUAGACACCGAACAGUCACCGUAUCACAGACUUACAGCAGCAAAAACAUGCCCACGUAUGGUCCAAUAAGGCGGAUCGAUAUCGAGAUUGUGACAGGAUCAGUGGACCCUGAUGCAAUGAGCAUGAUCAGAGCUCGACAACAUUGCUACCAGACGUUGAAAGCACGGAACGUGACUGUGAAUGAUAGGGACCUGUGUUAUGACAACUACAAACCCACCCACGACAGUCCGCAGCCUUCUACCAAACCGAAAGGCCUGAAUGUGUGGACUUGCUGCAAAACAAUACAACCUCGAGGAUACUACUGACGACAAGUAUUUGGCUAAAUUCCAACAAUGUAAAGUGUCCACUGCUCACGUUGAAGUUGAUGCCGAGCGCUUUCAUCGUAUCCAAAUUACCUUCUACGGAUCCUAAAAUCACCACGACUAAAACGAACGAACUGAAAUUACUAUUCUAGAGCAGAUUCAGAAUAUGCUUACCAGCUAGAUUUAAUGUAAAGUCGGGUUUUGCAGGUGCCGUAUUAAACAAUAUUCGAAUAAAUUAACUAGUAACUUAACUAGUAACAUAACUAAUAGGUACUGGUAGCGUUAGAAGGCAGAGGUAGAUGAACAUUUGCAAUUCUCGUCGUAUAUACGUUAAUUCUAGCUGCAUUGUGUUAAAGCAGUAGAAUUGACUAAAAAACUAACUGCUAGACUUAGCAGAAAACAGGACAAAAUAGGUUUUUAGAAUAUUUAAUAAUUUUGAAUGAUAAAUAAUUUUUAUUUAUUUUGUUAAGGUAAUUAAUUUAAUUUUACCUAACUUGUGCAUGAAACUUGCGCAUGGUUUCCCCUUAAUACAGAUCAAGUAAUAUUGAAACGUUCAUUUCAUC